AUGCGGAAAACCAGCUGCUCCGCCAAUUCUCCCACAAAAAACACCUUUUUCCUCCACCAAUAUCCAACCACCAUUUUUGCCACAAUUUUCCUCCUUUUCACAUUUCCAACAAUAUGUUCAUCGGUCAAAUCUUCAAUGAUGUAUGUUCCAUUGGGAAAAAAUCCAACACUAUACACGCCGGGAUUUGAGCCAAUUAUGCAUUUAGAUCAGAUGACUUAUAAUGAUACAGUAUUCUCGGAUCAUGCCUAUUUGGUUGAAUUUUAUGCGGAUUGGUGAGUUUUUUUUAGUGGGAAAGUGGGGAUAAAUUUAAAAAACACGUCUAUACAAAAAUUUUCUAUACAAAUUAACUUGCAAAGUUUUAUUGAUUUUUCCAUGUCAUGAUAGUCCGAGUUAGUCUAGAGUUCCACCAAAAAACUUGUGAAAAACUUUUUCUGAAAACAAAAAAAAACAAAAACAUUUAUCGAGCCAACCGCCCGAACGAAAUUGCGGAGCAUCGUUGUUUCCCUUUUUUUUACCGAAAAUUAUUUUUUUGUCAGGUGUGGACAUUGUCGCGCUUUUGCGCCAUAUUUCCGUCAAUUUGCCAGUUUGGUUCGCGAAUGGCAUGAAGUUGUCAAUGUUGCUGUUAUCAAUUGUGCCGACAGCUAUAACACCAACGUUUGUCGCGAAAAUGGUGUCACUUACUUCCCAAUGAUGAAGGUUUGUAAACUAUUCAACGUUUUUUUUCAAAUGUUGCUAAAUCCGGGGUUUUUUUUUCAGUAUUUUGCUCGAACAGCCACGUCAGCUGCACAAGGAAAAAUGUUCGAAACUCCCCAUUCCGCUGAACAAAUUCGUGAUACUUUAUUGAGAACUGUGACCAAUGAAUACAUGUUCAAUCGAUAUCCUGAUUGGCCGAUUCUUGCGCAUAUUUCGGUCGAUGGACAGACAACUUAUGGAGCACUUUGGGAAGGAGUUCGACCAUCUGCUAGAUAUUUGGCAAUCAUUUUUGAGGAAUAUGAUGGAGUUGGUGCACAGGUAAGAAGGGAUUCGAAUUAAAAUUUGGGAAAAAUAGGAACCAAUUCUUAACAUUUCCAUUUUUCAGUUCAUUAUGGAUAUGUCAUCACGUCGUCAAGUAAUGGGUUCGCGACGCGCAAUUUCAAAUUCGCCACUCGUUCAAAUGUUGGGAAUUCGAAAUUUCCCAACAGUCGCUUUAUUCCGUCGUGAUCAUCAACAAGCUCUUUACAUGCAACGAUUCAAUAAUCAAACAUAUUCGGAUCUUGAUGCUGCAAUUGUUCAAGAUUCCAAUAAACUUGGAAUUGAGGCAGUUCCAUUGAUCACAACAACUUUGCAACCAACAACAACCACUCAAAAAACACCAUUAAUUGAUUGUCAAGCUUAUCCGGAAAGAUGUCGAGAUAUGUAUUAUGUAUCUGAAACUGAUAUGUUGAAAGCGAUGAGAAUGGCAUUAUUGGAUGAAGUUACACGAGUUCCAGGAGCUAUUCGUGGCGCUAAUUUUACGAAUUUGUACGAUUUUGUUACACUUUUAUCAAAUGUGAGUUGAGAUUAUCUAAAAGUUCUUGGACUUACAAACAUAUAUUCUUUUUUUCAGCAUUUCCCCGUUUUGUCAUUCCAAAAUGAUGUGAGACGAUCGAGAGCCAAAAGAGCCACAACUUCUGUGGUAAGUUCAAAGUUUAGCAUUCGAAUUUUUCGAGCCUGAAUUUCAACAAAAAAAAUACAAAAUUCAGGAAAAAAUUUUAAAAAAUUGAUUUCAGAAUUUUUUGAACUUUAAAACCUGAACCUUACAGGCUAAACUUUUCAAAAUGUCAAAAUUUCUCAGAUUCUUCGCAACAGUGAACGAGCCCGUUUGGUAUUCACUCAUAUGCGUGAAUUUUUGGAAGGUCGAAAAUCGAUUGGAAUGGUGUCCAGCGAUGAAUAUCGACAACAAUUCGAAAGUGUUGAACGAGUUUACGCAAGUCCGUUCCCAGUCAAUUCCACGUGGCAACAUUGUAAAGGAUCAUCGCCGAUGUUUAGGUGAGAAUCAAAAGCUGAAAGGAUUUUUCUAGGUUUUCGUUUUUUAAAUAUUACCGAUUUGAAUUUCCAAAAAAAAAAUCUGAUAUUGUUUUCAGAGGUUACACAUGCGGUUUGUGGACAACAUUCCACGCUUUAACCGUUCAUACUUAUAUCGAUACAAUCAAAGAUGAUCAUGUCAAUCCAAUUGCUCCAUUAAAAUCAAUUCAAGGAUGGGUCAAAUCAUAUUUUGGUUGUGAACAUUGUCGAAAUCAUUUUAUGCAUAUGACAACCCAAUUAUUCCCCUUAAACGAACGACGAGUUCGACAUCCGCAUGAUAUGAUGACAUAUUUAUGGCGUGCACAUAAUAUUGUCAACAAUCGGCUACACGGUGAUCAAACCGAAGAUCCGCAAUUCCACAAAAUGCAAUUCCCAGCACCGUUUUUGUGUCCGACAUGUCAUUCGGGUGGACAAUUCUCGAGACGACAGGUUUGUUCAACUUUUUUUGAAAAAUUCAAAAAUAUUGGAAAUUUUGAAAAUUAAAAAAGAUCUGAAAUUCACCUCAGAACUUAUCUUUUUUUAAAGGAAAAUUUAAAUAUUUUCAUAAAAAAGAAAAUUUUUUAGAAAUUUACAAAAAACAAAUCUAAAUUCUUAUCGGAAAAUUCUUAUUUUCGAUUUAAGAUGUUCCAAAAAAUUGAGAAAUUUUUGUAAAUGUUUUUUUUUUUUCUGGACCUAGAAAAUUUGUAUUGAAGCUACAUUUAAAAACCUCAUUUUUUUUCCAGAUUCGAAACUUUUUGCUCCGUUAUUAUGGAAGUAUCAAACCACACAAUCGUCUUGCCGAUCAACGUUUGCAUUUCUAA